AUGCUGGUGACCCAUUUGGAAGCCAGCUGGGACCUUUGCGAGACGGACGUAAUUCUUUUUGGCACCGCGCUGGCAGUCUGCCGUAUCAUAGGCGCCAAGGUUUCCACGGCUGGACGCGCUACUGGCCAAAGUAGCGCUAUCCCAGCAUGGAGAAGAAGAAUUGAGGAACGUAUCGCAAAGGCUAGAGCUCUCAUCGGCAGACUGAUAUGCUUCAGAUCAGGCAAUAACAGGCCAAGAAUUGUGCGCACCGUCAGGAUGGCGUUUGCUGGGACAAAAGUUAGUUUGUCCCAGCCGGAUAUAACGCAAAAACUGACGGAGCGCAUAGAUGAUCUGAAGCAGAGAAUCGCUGCUUGGGGAAAGCGGAUUCGGCGACAUACCGAGAGGUCGACACCGUUCAACCAGAAUCAUCUCUUCCAGAGCGAUCAGAAGAGACUAUGA